AGAAUUGCUGUGGAAUACCAACUAAAAACAUUAGGCGAGCGUGCGAAAAAAUCUUGUUUACUUUGUGCUAAAAUUACUUUUUGGAGGAAAAAUUGCCAAAUUCUUUUCUUCUAAUAAGUUCUAGUGAUUGUUCUGUGGUGGAAUAAUGUCGUUCUUCAAUAAUACAAGUACAUUGGGUACAAGCACUCCGGCAAAACCCAGUGGUUUUGGGAAUUUCACCUUUGGCGCACCAACAUCCACGCAGCAACCAUUUGGUCAGACUCCGGCUUUUGGGGCACCUUCCAGUGCCCCAUCAUUCAAUUUUGCCGCUCCAACGACUUCUGCUCCCGCCCUCGGUGGCUUUGGGAGUUUUGGCACAGCUACAACGUCCGCGGCACCGUCUUUUGGGGGCUUCGGCACGACAACAACGUCAGCUCCGUCAUUUGGUGGCUUCGGGACAACAGCCACGACGAAUGCUGCUCCUGCUUUUGGGGGUUUUGGCACGUCAGGAGGAUUUGGGGGCUUCGGUACGACGGCCACAACGUCAUCAGCUCCCACAUUUUCCGGCUUUGGCCAGACAACUCAGCAGCAGACGGGAUUCGGUGGCUUUGGAACGUCUUUUGGGGGAUUCGGGCAGCAGAAACCCGCCACAACGGCAUUUGGAGGAUAUUCUGGAUUUGGGGCAGCACAGCAGCAACAACAGCAGCCUCAACUAACCCCCGAUGAGGCCUUCACGCAUUGCAUCUUCAAGGUUUCUUUCUUUGGCGAUGAACGUGACACAACAAUUGCUCGUUGGAACUAUUUGCAAGCAAUGUGGGGCACUGGGAAGGCCUACUACUCCCAGUUAGCACCACCCGUUGAUAUUACACCCCAGAACUAUUUGUGCCGCUUCAAGGCCAUGAGCUACAACAAAAUUCCCGGAAAGGACAACAAAAUGGGGCACGUUGGUUUGAUCUUUAACAAACCCGUCGCACAGAUCAAGGAUUUGCAACUGCAAUUGGUACCAACACUCAAUCAAAUGCUCGGUGGAAAUCCCAAUUUAUCCAUCAACAUUGAUCACGUGAGGGGGUUGAAUGAUGAAAAGAGUCAGGUGACGAUUUUUGUGGAGGAAAAAUCCCCAACAACAAAUGAAGUGAAGCGAAUCACAGCCACAGAUCUCUGUGCAUACCUCAAUCAACCAAUGACAAAGGGGCAACUUAAUAAUUUUGCCAUUGAUCAGAUUGUUGCUCAAAUUCACCCAGAUGAGGAUCAACUGAAGGAGUAUCUGAUGAAUCCACCCAAAGGCAUUGACCCACGAAUGUGGCGUCAGGCGAUUGAGGACAAUCCCGAUCCGUCAAAACUCAUUCCAGUCCCCGUGAUUGGCUUCCAUGAGCUGAAAUGGCGAACAAAGUGCCAGGAGAGUGAGACAGAGAUGCACAAUCAGUACUUGGCGAAGGUCUCGCGGGAUUUGGAGAAUCUCAAGCAGCGCUACACGAGUUCCACGGCAAAGAUUAUGGAGUAUCGAAGGAAAUUUUCCGAACUAAGCCAUAGGAUUCUCAAGAUAAUUGUAAAGCAGGAGAUCACACGGAAGAUGGGUGUUGCCAUGUCGCCCGAAGAGGAGAUCCUAAGGAGUAAAUUGGAGAGCAUGCAGGCUCUCGUUUCAGCCCCAACACAGUUCAAGGGGCGCCUCAGUGAACUCCUUUCGCAGAUGCGAAUGCAGCGUGAUCAGUGGAGUCACACAGGGGGUGGCAAUGAGUACAAGCUCGAUAAGGAUUCAACGGAUGAAAUGCAAACCUUCCUUGCGAUGCAACAGAAAGCCAUGGCCCUACUCAUUGAGACAAUGAAUAAGGAUAUCAGAGCGCUGAAACUCAUAUCCGAUGGGGCAAAUCAGCUAAUGAGAGGAUAAACGCCAUUUAUUCUAAAAAUAAAACUUUUUUUUGAUAUUUUGUAAAAGAAAUAAAUUGAAUGAAAUAAAAAUGGAAAAGAAGUUU